AUGCGCCUGGCGCCAACUCAGACCCUUCGAUGCGGCUCUAUUACGCUCGAACACCUCCAUAGCGCCCUGUCUAAGGCAUUGGACGUCGGGCACCAUGGCUCCCGUAGCCAACCGCGCCACCUGGCGGUCGCCGUCAGCGGUGGCAUUGACUCCAUGGUGCUUGCAGUGCUCCUGGGGAAGCUCUGCAUGCAAGAGCGAUGGAGGUUAACGGCCAUCACCAUUGACCAUGGUGCUCGUGCAGAGAGCGCCGAAGAUGCCCGCUGGGUGGAACACGAACUGUCGACCGUACAUGGCAUUUCCACCAUCCGGAGGCCGCUUGUAUGGCCCGGAAAUCUAAGCCCAUCGGAUCCACAUGGAUUCGAGACGCGCGCCAGACGGCUUCGAUACCAGAUGCUUGGGCGCACGUGCGCCUCGAUUGGAGCACAUCACCUUCUCGUCGGUCACCAUAAGGACGACCGGGCCGAAUCGGUGCUACAAAGACUCAUCCAAGGCCAUGGGACUGUCGGUUUAGGAAGAGCACUGAAGCCCUUCGCUGCUAUCCCGGAGUGCGAAAGUAUCUAUGGAGUGGAUGCCAGCGGGGAAGGCGUACGAUUUCCUACCGGUCACCAACCCCUUCAAGGCACCGUUUCUAUGUUUGAAACGGGUGGGGUAAGCGUCGUGCGGCCAUUGUUGGGCUUCACCAAGGCUGUGUUAUCCAAGACGGCCCGGGAUCUGAAAAUUGAGCAUAGAGAAGACGCGACCAAUCGCGACCCGACUCUGACGGUCAGAAAUGCCAUACGGCAACUCUUUCGGGCGGAGAAUGUGCCGCAAGCUCUUCGAUCGGACGCCCUGGUUUCUCUGUCGGAUUCUUGCGGUGAGACUGCAACAAAUCUAGAUGCAGCAGCCGCAACACUGAUCUCUCAGGCUGCAAUGGGCUUCAAUCCCCAAUCCGGGGCCCUGACGGUCACGUUUCCCGACUUUUUCUAUCUGGACUUUCACUCGGAAGCAGAACGCGAGGAGCAUUUACAUCGAUUAGUCGUUAUGCUGCAACGGAUCAUAUCUGUGGUAUCUACCGACAAGCCACGUUUUACCCGGCUCAAAGACGUUGCGCGACAGAUCUUUCAGCGGUCUCCUUUAGCCGGGUUACCUUCGAAGGCCUUCCAUGCAGCCGGAGCUGCUUUCAUGCCUAUUGCCACGCGCCCGCUUGCACCUGCAGGAAUUCAUGCGCCGCUGGGGGCUGCGACGAUGGGCCAGGAAAGGGUGAUGACGGGUCUGGCGUGGCGAAUCACUCCCAAAGUCACGCCCAAAGUUUUGAGACGGUUCGAACUCGACCCUCCGAAUGCGGCUAGCGGUCACGAGCAGGACUUUCACCUCAUCGACUCUCGCUACUGGCUUAGAAUGUGGCGCGAGCGUGAUCUCGCUGAGGAGGUUUCUCGGAGUUCGAGUGUCGCAGCGGAGGAGCCGCCUCAUGAUGCAUGUCAUCGCCUCUCCGUCGUAGUACGUUAUUUGACUGAAAGUGACAUCGCAAGCAUCCAAUCCCGGAUUGACGCAAAAUCACGAAGUGUCUUUCGGAACAUGCUCAAAGCGAACGCGCCGGGGUCGGUGAGAUUCACACUGCUGGUCAUCGCGAUUCCAGACGAUGGUAUAUCUGGAAAUUCAGAGGACUGUGCUGUUAUAGCGUUACCCACGAUCGGCUGGAAGUUGGACAAGGCGAAGUUAAACCCGGCGAACUCGGAAAGAGAUACGUUGCUAUACCUCAAGUUGCAGCGUCUCGCGAGCGAGUUGGAUUGGGAGGUCCGAUAUCGUAGUCUACAUCCGGAUAUCGUCUCUGCGCUGCGAACACCAAAUCAACGCCAAUAG